CAGGUAAAUGAUGGUGUGUGUGUUAGUUCCUCUCGUCUUGACUGUCCUCCUGACUGAGACGUCUGCUUCACUGUCAACUUCAGGGACGGAGCAGGUCUUUUCAUGCCCACCUCGGUGGCUCCUGUUUGGUCAGAGAUGCUUCGCUUUCUACCCUGUGUGGAGCUCCUGGAGCGAUGCCGAUUUAUUGUGCUUUCAGGCAGCUGGUAAACUGGCGUCGCUUCACACACCAGAGGAGAGACAGUUUAUCCGUCUGCUAGCAAACACACACACACCUGUGUGGCUGGGUGGAUACCAGGAACAGCAGAAUGGCUCUUGGUUUUGGAGUGACAACUCCCCCUUCAGGAUGAAUGGUUGGACCAAUCAGGGGAAGGGAAAUACCAGUGAAGGCGGGGCUUGCAUGGAAAUGGAACCAAGAAGUGGAAAGCUGCACAGUGCCCCCUGUGGAGAGCUAAGGUUCUACAUCUGCUCCACCACAACCAGCUCCUCUUCUGAAGUCCUCCCCAGCGACAGGAAACCAGGAAUCAUGCACGGUCUGAGUCUGUUUGAUGUUUUGUGGGCCAACAGCUACUUGUUGGCGGAGAAGAUUCGCCACUUGUCCUCCUUCCUCAAGGAGCUCCGGUCCGGUCAGCUGACUCAGCGCUGCUACAGCAACUUCAUGCAGCAGGAGGCGCUCUAUCUGCACAGAGUCAGCAGCACACUGGAGACCCUGAUGUAUAGUUUACAGGACACAGAUGAGAACACAAGUUCACUGCUGCUGGACACACUUCAACACUACAGAAGCAGAAACCAGAGCCCCCUCACUUCGCCUCCCCCACAGUGGCUCCACUUCGCCCUGCAGUCUUUCCACUCUGUGGUUUUGGAGGAGCCGAUCUAUUGGCUGGUGGCUCUGUCGGCCCGGGCCUGCCUCCGGGACUUUUUGGCUGAGCUCAAGCCUGGUUCCCCGAUGGUGUCUGGGUCUGAGGAUAAGGCCUGCAGCAUCUACCAGCAGUGGAGUGUAGAGAGUCUGAAGGAGGUCGCCUGGAUUCGCAGAUACAGAAAGGUGUUAGAGGAAUACCAGGACCAGAUAGACGUGUUUAAAGCCAUAAACAUCUUCCACGACCACAUGGUGAACCAGAAGAAUUUCUACAAGGCUGCAGACUGUGAUAUAGAGGAUGAAAAAUUAUGAAGAGGAGCAGGGUGUGUCCCCUGGUGAAGGAGGCUGCUGUGGAGACAAGGUCACACCUCCCUGCGGGCCAGCUCCCCGGUUUCCCCUUCAGUUUGGUUUUGGUUGGUUUUGGUUUGUUGCUUUGUGGUAUUUACCUUGUUUUUGCCUACUACAACAGCUUUACCCAAAUACAUUCAUGGAACCAUCAUCCUGCAGAGACACUACUGAAACCACAGACUACAUACCUCAUAAUUUAAUUAUGUUAGUUUGAAAUUUUUGUUUGUUAAAUAUGUGUUGUUAACCGUUUACUAUGGUGUGUCUCCCUUUUGUUGUGGCCUUCUGAGCCAGGUCAUAACACCAGGGAAAGGAAAACACAAUGAAACACAGAAAACCAGCCUAAGUCAUGGGACAGGAAUAUUGUGUAGCGUGUUUCUCACUUUAUUUUUUUCGUUUAUUAUGUAGGGCCCCACAGCAG